AUGACGCAACACCCUCCUUCUCACCAUCCGUACAACAACCUACAAAACUGCAACAAUUCAAUUAAGGAGUCCAUUGAAUUACUACGAAGCUCAAAUCAAAGAUUAAGAGAAUCGACAAGCGACAGUUCACGAUUGAAGCAUAUACUUUCAACAAAGAAAAUAUUCGGCUUGGUGUCUGAGUUGGACUUGGAUGACGCAAAGCAGAGUUAUUCAGAGACUUUUACUCCACAAGUGAAUAGAAGAUAUGUCAAGCUUAGAGAGGAAAUUAAUGGUUUGGAAUAUAAACUGAAGGAGUUAUCGCAAGAGCUUAAACUAGCUAGAGAAAAACUCAACGGUUACCGCAGUGGGCGCAAUGAGUGGGAGUUAAACACGGAGGAACUACAACAAGAUCCACGCUAUGAUAAACAAAAGUUGAAGAGAUUGAAGGAUUUACAAAGUAAGAGAUCAAGAUUGCAAUUCAACGUUAAUUUGAUACAGUCAUAA